AUGGAGCUAAUUUCUACACCAUUAAACAGAUUUUGGAGGAGACGAAGAAAUCGCUAUGAAAAAUUAGAUGGAUCGGGAACAAGAGGGAGAAAGAAUAUGAAGGUGAUAAGAUUUGGCGGAGGAGAUAAAAGCAAUAGUCCGCCGCGACGUAGGGGUUGGAGGAUGAAAGCCGUAAAGAAGCUAAAAAUAUUGAAAAUCGCUUGCUUUUAUCCUUUGAAUUUAAUAAGGAAGGUGAAGAACGCUUAUGUUAAUAUGAUGGUUCAUUUGAGUAAUGAUAGUCAUGUUUUUGGAAAUAAAAGAAUUCCUAAAGCCAGACAAGCUUCUCCAAUUGCUUAUUCUAAUGAAGAAUUUGAAACUAGGAUGGUGUAUGAGAUUUAUAAAGCUCUCAAAGCUACUCAAUGA